UAGACUAUACUGUAUUUGAAUUGUCAUAGUUUUGUGACUCUCAUCACAAACUGAUGCUGCGAUAAAGAGAACAACCACAGAGGCCUUUUCCUGAUAAAUAAUCACACAAAACCUAAAAAGGGGAUGUGGUAGACUGUAGAUGUAGAAAUAAAUGGAACAAUUGUGUGUACUUGCAAACAAAAUGUUUGCUGUAAAUGUUCAGGCAGCUGAAAGCCUACUCACCCAUCAAAGCUGCAAUGCCACAAGCUUACAGGACACCCUGCAUGGAAAUGAUCCCGUUCAAUGACCUGCACACAAACAGAACAACCUAAAUUAAGAUAUUAAUACAGUACAAUUCAGAAGAAAAGAGGUGGUUCUCUGCCUUAAAUGUCACUGUUCAUUGGGGCCUUGGUAGCCCUGGAAGCUUCACACACUGCUCACUAAGAAAACACAUGCAAAUAAACACAACACAAGCCAAUUUAACAACAAUUGCACAGCAUUUAAAACAAAAACCGUACCUUAAAAAUAAAACAUAACAACUGUUGGCCAGCAAUGUGCCAUACCUGGGACAACGGGAGCUGUCCCUGAGGGGAAAAGCGUGUAUUUGUUCAGAUAAUUAGCAAAAGGCUAAUGCUAGGUCAAACAAAAGGACCAUCAUUCCAAAAAAGGGGGAGCGAAAAGUUAGAAAGAACUGUAAAAUAAGUCACCAUACGUUAUAUAUUGAACCACGUCGCUCUCUGGUGGCAGCAUUCGUCCCUUACAAUUGCAAUCUGUAUCGACACUCUUUUAGUUUCCCCUUGUGAGCUCGAUGAGCUCUGGGAUAGACUGUGCAGGACUUUCUGUUGACAGUUCACAACAAUGGCAGAAAUCGAAGCAGCACAACCGGCUCAGGUUGAUGUUUCCAAAAGUAGCAACGGCCCAGCUGAAGGAUAUGAGAAGAAAUGUAUUUUCUGCAAGAUUGUAAACAAAGAAAUGGGAACGGAGCUUCUUCACUGUGAUGAGGAGAUCUCAUGUUUCAGAGACAUCAAACCUGGAGCUCCUCACCAUUAUCUGAUCGUACCAACCAAACAUGUAGGAAACUGUAAAUCACUCAGCAAUGAAAACGUGCCUUUGGUGAAGCGCAUGGUCGAGACAGGGAAGGAGAUCCUCCAGAAAAACAACAUAACAGACCUCAAUGAUGUCAGGUUUGGUUUCCACUGGCCCCCCUUCUGUUCUGUCACACACCUACACCUUCAUGUCCUGGCGCCUGCCAGUCAGAUGGGCUUCAUGUCCCGCCUCUUCUACAGACUCAACUCCUAUUGGUUCAUCACAGCGGACCAGCUGAUUGAGCUUCUCAACUCUAAAGGAGACACAAACUGAUCACACACCUUCAAUACUUACAGUUCUUGACUUUGAACUUCUGCCUUCUUGAAGAUGCCAUGUUUGAUGAUAGACACUAACAUUUAUUAGCUGCUGGCUUGUAAUGACAGUAUUUUUAAACUGGUGACAUAUUAGUAAUGGAAGCCAAAUCGUGUUUCUUGAGAUGUGUUAGAUAUGACACACAUUUUUUUUUCAAAUGUUUUUACAGAAGAAGAUCAUUCAACCUUUCUUAUUAUCGGACGUAAUAAAAAUGCAUUUAUUGUAUGGACCAAGGAGCAAACGGUGAUAUUCACCUGUUUCAACUAUUAACACCAAAGGAAGCAUUCUUUUUUUUUUACUGAAUGUGUGUUAAGUACAAGAAUAUAAAGCCCAUAUGAAUAACAAGCUUUUUUGAUACCUUGAUAUGCUUAAUGAUUUGGAAAUCAGAUGUGAUGCAUGUAUAACUGAGAAAAAGUAUAAGUAAGGAAAAUUAAUUAGUGUUAUUCAUAUAUUGAUAUAACAUUUUGGACAGCUGUGAGUUCCUCAGCUAUGUUAAUGUAUUUAUUUAAUGAUAUACAGAGUAACAUCUUCAUUAACUAUGUACUGUAGGGCUCCUUUACAGCAAAAGCAGCUAAGUAUUAAUGAGCUUAACAAAAAAACGAGGCGUUUGUUUAAAAAUGACAUGAUUUGAACUAACCUGUUGGUGAAUGAAGUGAAUAUUUAUGCUAUGACGAAACUGCUGUAUACUAGGGAAUGUAAAGAAUAAACAUCAUACUGUAUAUACUGUAUGAAAUUGUAUGCACUUUAAGAAUUAAUUUAACUAAGAAUAAAUAAUAAAUUGCCA